AUGGUUCAGGACUGGACCCGGGAUUCAUUCCCUCGUCACCAGACUUUCCAGCCUCAGUACUAUCCGGCCGAUGCAGCUUCCUCGCGGCACCAAUCCUUCUCCUCCGAGAGAUACGCUUCCGAUGUUGGCCAGCGGCAUCACUCUUUCCCCCAAGAGCGCGUUGGCGUUGACACCGACAAUGCUCGUUUUCAAGAGGGCAAUGACUCGCGCCGCCCACCACUGAUGCAAAUUGACGAGGCGUUGAGAACACACUGCGGCAUUGUGGCCAAGAAUUAUUUUGUUGCUGCCGUUACCGACGAUGGCACAUCCAUGACCUUCUUCAGCCCCAGCCCGGGACGCGGCAUGACGGACAACACCAUCCGCCAAUUCUUCGAUGCCAACAGAUAUCGCCAGGUCAUGUCCCGCAUUGAUGCAGGUGCGGAUCCCAUGCUGGACGACUACAACCUUGAAGAUGGGCUCUACAACCGCCCUGCAGCUUUCGGUCGUAGCCGGGUGGUAGACCGUCGCCGCAACUCUGGAUUCGGUGAAUGGAAUGGCAGCCCCAUUCGCCAAGGUCGCAAGCGCGCAAGGGGACCCCGAGCCGUCAACGAUGAAGAUGACGUGCCCAUGACCAUCUCGUCCCGCAGGGGCAUCAGGAUUGGCGACUCCGCUGCCGUCUGGAAUUUCUACGAGCAGCGCUUUAAGAAUUGUCAACAGACGGCCUGCAAGCUCAUCGCCAAGGCCUGGGUCAAAGCUGUAGAGCCCAAGAAGCAGUCGACGCAUCCCUACACCGGCAGCGACGAGAAGGCGCCUGCCUGGUGGCCGAAGCCAUGGGGGCCUACCAAGGAUGACAAGGUGCGGCACAAGGAGCCCGAUCAUCUGUACAAGCGAGAGCGUGUACAUCUUCUCGCUCACAUACUGAGGCUCGUUGUUGAGCCCAACGCUAAGCAGCACCCUGAUAUUCAGAAGCUUGGCCUGAACGUCAAGAAGCUUGAGGAGACAACUGUCGAGGCUCUCUCAUCUUUCUUCAUGGAUAAUGAUGCAAACGCCAAGAAGAGGCCGUACUUGAACGAGAUCUUCAAGGUGGCUCGGCAGGAGGAGCGAUACAAGAACGGCGAAAUCGACGGGUCGACCGAGGUUUAUGUCAUGGCAGAAGACAAGAUGCCGGAGAGCUACGCUUCUGACAAUGAAGACGCCCCCUUCAUCAAGGACGAAGACGACCACGAUGGCAGAUCCAAGCCCCUGGCUGCCCAAUGCCUUCCUCACCCCACAUCAUCCGAACCCAGCUCGGCUACCAGCAUUCGGCCGCCCACCUUCCUGAACAAUGCCUACGCGCCGUCCAUGAUGGCAGAGAUCCCCCCGCAACAGCACACCUUUGUCGAAGGCGGCACAAUGUCGGUCCACAGCGGGCAGCCUGUGGCCACUACAGCUGCCGCCAACAUGGCCCUCGAAAUGGUGCCCAGCUCUCACGAUGCCAGCCGACGGCCAUCUGUAUUUAGCGAAUACGCCAGUCCCGGGGGAAACCUGUACAGCCAACAGUGGCCGCAGGGAUCAACGACCACGAAUGCGCCAACCAUGUACCCCUACGCGCAGCAGCAGACACCGACACAGCCUGCUCCAUUUGUUGCCUCUGGGGUUUCCAUCACCCCCAACCAGUCCUUUAUCGCCAAUUCUUUCGAGGCACCUCACCGCAGCGAAUUCGAUCAGAACGGGAACCCGAUAUUUCGAUCGGGAGACCUGCCUCAAGCACCCGCCGUCAACCAGCAGCAAGGUUAUGGCUAUGCAAUGCCGAGCGACGCGCGGGGGAUGAGGGUCAUGGCUCAGGUUGUGGACACUGCUGGGCACCGCCCGCCUCUUCAAUAG